AUGUCAGAUGCCAAUGGUACGUCUCCCUCGGACCAGAAUCCGCUUCCUACGAGGUUCGAAGUGGAGCUCGAGUUCGUCCAGUCCUUGGCAAACAUUCAAUACGUAACCUACUUGCUCACCCAACAACAGAUAUGGAAGUCGCCCAACUUCAAAAACUACUUGAAGUACCUGGAGUACUGGUGCAACCCGCCCUAUUCGCAAUGCAUCGUGUAUCCCAACUGUCUCUUUAUUUUGAAGCUACUGAACGGGUUCAUGGAGUCCGCCAUUGUUAACGAAGACGGCCUGCUGGAAGGGCUGGACGAGCUGCCCAAGAUCAUCCAGUUACAAGGUCCGCAAUGGAUGAACGAAAUGGUGGAAAGAUGGGCCAACUAG